GUAAAAAAGUACUUGGAAUUGCAAGUCUGUCUCUCGUAGUCUCUCUCAUCAUUCAAGUAAAAACUCUCUCUCUCUCACUCACUCAAUAAGCAAGUACUUUACUCAGUCUCUCUAAGCAACGGACGCAUUCUUGUCUUGAGAUUACAAAAAACCCACCACCCCUUCUCUUCUCUUCUCUCUCCAUUCAAUCUGAUCACAGCACCGUCGCGACGCUGCGCCUUUCCACCGCCUCGACUCGGCAUCCCAAGCCGCCUCGGCCGCCGCAAAAAAAAAAAAACCCGUUUGCCAAUUGAGAAAACCAAUUUAUCUUGCAGCUUGGUCUCAAUCUGAGAACCCAUUGCUUCCUUGGCUUAGGGAAACAUGAACAAUGGAAAUGGAAGACGAUUGAAUGGGGAGACAGAGGAAGAUGAUGACGACGAAGGAAGUGAGGGAGACCUUGAUGCUUGGGAGAGGACUUAUGCGGAUGAGAGGUCAUGGGAGUCUCUGCAAGAAGAUGAGUCUGGGCUUCUCCGCCCCGUGGAUAACAAGACCCUUUACCAUGCACAGUAUCGCCGGCGCAUUCGCUCUCUCUCCUCCCAGGCAACUACUUCUCGGAUCCAGAAGGGUCUCAUUCGCUAUCUCUACAUUGUUGUUGACCUCUCAAGGGCAGCUGCAGAGAUGGAUUAUCGACCAAGCCGAAUGGCUGUGGUUGCAAAACAUGUUGAGGCUUUUAUUAGGGAGUUCUUUGACCAGAAUCCUCUUAGUCAGCUUGGUCUUGUGACUAUAAAAGAUGGAAUUGCUCAUUGCUUAACAGAUCUUGGUGGCAGUCCUGAGUCCCAUGUUAAAGCUUUGAUGGGUAAACUGGAGUGCUCCGGUGAAUCCUCCCUACAGAAUGCCCUGGAUCUUGUUCAUGGGUAUCUAAAUCAGAUUCCAUCAUAUGGUCAUCGAGAAGUUCUCAUCUUAUAUUCUGCUCUUAGUACUUGUGAUCCAGGAGAUAUAUUGGAGACUAUCCAGAAAUGCAAGAAGUCAAAAAUGAGGUGUUCAGUCAUUGGUCUCUCUGCAGAAAUUUUUAUAUGCAAACAUCUCUGCCAAGAAACUGGUGGCUCGUACUCUGUUGCCAUGGAUGAGUCCCACUUCAAAGAGUUAAUACUGGAACAUGCUCCCCCACCUCCAGCCAUAGCAGAAUUUGCCAUUGCUAAUUUGAUAAAGAUGGGUUUCCCACAAAGAGCAGCAGAGAGUUCUAUAGCAAUUUGUUCGUGUCACAAGGAGGCUAAGGUUGGAGGGGGUUACACUUGUCCAAGAUGCAAAGCACGUGUAUGUGAAUUACCUACUGAAUGUCGUAUAUGUGGGUUGACACUUAUUUCUUCACCCCAUUUGGCAAGGUCAUAUCAUCAUCUCUUUCCGAUAGUACCAUUUGAUGAGGUGUCUUCAUCAGUUCUGAAUGAUCCACAUAACAGAUUACCAAGAUCUUGUUUUGGCUGCCAACAAAGUCUUCCAAAUCCUGGAAACAAACCUAGCCUUCGUGUCGCUUGCCCAAAAUGCAAACAGCACUUCUGCCUCGAUUGUGACAUCUAUAUUCAUGAGAGCUUGCAUAAUUGCCCCGGUUGUGAGAGCUUCAGGCAUUCGAAGACCCCCAUUGCUACUGAAGAAUGAUGAUUCCUGUGACUUAAUAAUACCCCCCACCCCAUCCCCCACAAAAGUUGCUAAAAGAAGUUGUGUUUCAAUACUGGUUCUCAAGCCAAAACUCUUUUUUUCUUUUUUUGGGAAGAGGGGGAGGGGGUUUGUAAGUUCUCUAAGCCACCCACACAGACAGUAGCUUGCAUAAUUGUUUUUGGUUGUGAGAGCUUCAGGGCUUCGAAGUCUCCCCUCCCCCCCCAAUUGCUAGUGAAGAAUGAUGGUUCCUGUGACUUUUUAAUCUCAACACCCAGGUGCCAAAAGAAGUGAUUCAAUACUGGUUCUCAAGCCAGCAGUUUUUUUUUCUUGGGGGUUUGGGGGGUUGUAAGUUCUCUAAGCUACACAGACAAUAAAGUUUAUGCUGUCAGAACCAUCCAGAUUACCAGUCCAUUUGGGCACACUCGUAUGGCCUUGAUUUAACCUUUGAAGAGGGAUGCAGUAAUGCUUGUUAGGUGAAAAAGAGAGAGUGAAGAGAGUUGGUCAUUUUUCCAUAUGAAUUGUGGUACAUUUUUUUAAUGGAAAAAAGUUUAUAUAUAUUAUUGAUAAGUUCUUAGUGAAGAGAUUUUUCAGCCUUGAAA